AUGGCAACUUGUUUGCGUUACCCGAACAAGGUGGUGAUCGUGACUGGUGGCACCUCAGGCAUUGGUCUGGCCACUGUGAAAGAAUUUGUCCGCCAGGGGUCCAGUGUGGUCUUUUGUUCAAAAGCAUCUGAAGCUCAAAAGGGACAAGAGAUUCAGAGGGAGCUGCAGGCUUCUGGGUGCCCAGGGGAGGCUUGCUUCCAGGUCUGUGAUGUUCGCAAGGAGUCAGAUGUUAAGAGGUUGAUUCGGGUCACUGUAGAACAUUACGGAUGCCUGGACUGUCUGGUAAACAACGCUGGAGAUGGUUUUUUCGAAUCAACAGAUGAACUGACUGCCCAAGAGUUCAAAAAAACCAUGGAUGUCAAUACUGUGAGCACAUUAUUAGCAUCCAAGUAUGCACUGCCCUACCUACGGCAAACAAAAGGAAACAUCAUCAACAUGAGCAGCCUUCACGCUACUAUUGGGUUCAAGAAUGCUCUGUCAUCUGAUACAUCCCAGGGUGCUACGAUUGCAAUGACCAAAGCCUUGGCCAUUGAUGAGAGCAAAUACGGAGUACGAGUCAACUGGUAUAAAUGA